UUCUUUGGGUGUCAACUUCCGACCAUACUUUCAUAAAAUGGCUUGGUGGAUUCGAUACCUUUCUUUGCUUAUUUUGUCAGUCACUGUAGUAGACAGCCAGUUAGAGGUCACCUUCAGCACCGGUAGAAUACGAGGUUUCAACAAAACAGUGAGCGGGAUAACCGUGAACGAAUUUUUGGGAAUUCCCUUUGCCAAGCCUCCAGUUGGGAACCUUAGAUUUGCAAAGCCCGAGCCUGCGAGCCGCUGGACAGGAGUGAAGGACGCCACAGAGUACGGUCCAGCUUGCAUGCAGAGACCCAAUCCAUAUGGAUUUCCUAAUCCGAAAAAAAUAUCUGAAGAUUGCCUGACACUCAACGUGUUUGUUCCUGAUACCCCUGGCGUCAAAGCUGUAAUGUUCUGGAUUCAUGGCGGAGGCUACUUCACUGGCGGAAGUUUUCACUAUGAUUUCACUGAAUUUGCUGCAAGAGGCGACGUCAUCGUUGUAUCAGUAAAUUAUCGCCUGGGACCAUUUGGUUUCCUGAGUAUAGAUGGCGCUAAUGCACCUGGAAAUCUGGGACUGUGGGAUCAGAUUGAGGGCCUGAAGUGGGUACAAAACAACAUUGGAGCCUUUGGUGGUGACCCUAAAAACGUUACUAUAUUCGGAGAAUCUGCUGGGGGUAGCAGUGCCUCCCAGCUUGCUCUUACCACAAAAGCUAACGGCCUGUUUCAGCGUUUCAUUCCUCAAAGCGGCGGGCCAGGGGCAUAUUGGGCGUGGUCGACGGAAAAAGCUGCAACACUCUCUUUAAGGAUUGGCGACAUUCUAGGCUGCCACGCCGGGGAAACAGAGGUCAAAACUCCUCGACUCGCCGAGGUCGAUGGCGACAUGUUCCCAGAAUCCGUAUCAGACAUGUUUAAAAACCCUGAUUCAGAAGUGAUGCGACACUUUCGUUCUCUGGACUGUUUGGGGGGUUUCACUGACGGAGACGGGGCGAUAUUGACCCAUGAUAUUGAUAUCGGGAUCACCCCUGCAGAGUUACGAGACAAGUUCAUCCCUGAUGUGGCCAAGCAAGUCGCGCCUGGCCACGAAACCGAGAUUGCGAACGUUCUGGUGAAGGAAUACUACAACAGCACAGCCAAUCGGUAUGACACUGCUAACCGCUAUGUUGACAUCGUGACAGACUGGGCGUUAGCAGGACCGGUGGCAAUUCUGACAGAUAAACACGUAUCACCUGGUGGUGGCUCUACAUAUCUGUACUACCUCACAAAAGUACCUUCAUAUGGCUAUGUUUUGAAAACCCCUCCUUGGUUUGAUCGGUCAAACCACGCAGACGACCUUUCGUACCUCCUUGGUCCGGAUCACCCCACAAUGUUUGAUGACGGCGUCGAGUUUGAUGACGGAGACAAGAGGAUUUCUUAUAAAAUGAUGAAGUAUUGGGCAAACUUUGCUAAAACAGGAAAAGUUCAGCUCCUCGAGGCCUAUAACGUACACACGUUUGUCGUCUGCCACUGCAUUAAGAUGGAGUCCCGAGCACCGCGUCUGUCUCUGUUUGUACUUCUGGUCAACGCUGUGGCCAUAGUGGACGCUCAAACAACUGUCACCAUUAACACAGGUACAAUUCAGGGAUUCUCAAGUACAGUGGACGGGAUAAGAGUGAAUACGUUUUUGGGAAUUCCUUUUGCCAAGCCACCGGUCGGUGACCUCAGAUUCGCCAAGCCCCAGCCUCCUGCGAGUUGGACGGGGGUUAAACAGACCUUUAAAUAUGGACCGUCUUGCAUGCAAAGACCCAACGAAUUCGGCUUUCCCAAUGCAACUGAGGUAUAUGAGGACUGCCUGACUCUGAAUGUGUUUGCUCCUAAUACUACCGGUGUCAAGGCCGUCAUGGUGUUCAUCCACGGGGGAGGAUAUUAUUUUGGAGGCACCUUUCACUAUGAUUAUACUGAAUUUGCUGCUAGAGGCAACAUCAUCGUUGUAACAGUAAAUUAUCGCCUGGGACCAUUUGGUUUCCUGAGUAUAGAUGGCGAUAAUGCACCUGGAAAUCUGGGACUGUGGGAUCAGAUUGAGGGACUAAAAUGGGUGCAAGCCAACAUAAGAAUCUUUAAUGGCGACUCUCAACGAGUUACCAUAUUCGGAGAGUCGGCCGGUGGAGGAAGUGUCACUCAGCUUGCCCUUACCACCGCUGCGAGGGGUCUCUUCCAUCGGUUCAUUCCUCACAGCGGCUCAGCCUGGGCAGACUGGGCGUGGUCGACAAGAUCUCCAGAACUCUCCAUGAAGAUCGGCAAGAUCGUCGGCUGCAACGUCGGACCAGCAGAGAGGACCAAACUUCUGGCUUGCCUGCGCAAAACAGACGCUGAAGCGUACCUAAACGCCAGUUUUGAAGCUACCGUAGGUGUACCAGGGUUGUUGUUUUAUUGCCCUGAGGUCGAUGGUGAUAUGUUCCCGAAGUCUCUCUCUGACAUAUUCAAAAAUGCCGAUUCAGACGUGGUCAGGCAUUUCCGUUCUUUAGACUAUAUGGGAGGUUUCAAUGACGGAGACGGGGCCAUUUUAGCACUCCGCGUCGCCAUGAAUGGCAUGAGUCCGGCAGACUUGAGGGACAAGUGGAUUCCAAUGAAGGCCAAAGAUGUAUCUCCCGCACACGAAGCCAAAAUAGCAGAGGUGUUGACAGAGGAGUACUACGACAGUUCAGCCGAUGCCAUAACCACCGCCCGCCGCUACGCUGAUAUCCUCACGGAUUGGUUGUUCACAGGGGCGAUGGGAAGCGCUACAGCGGCGCAUGCGUCACCGACUGGUGGCUCCACCUAUCUUUACUACUUCACAAAGGUACCAUCGUUUGGCUACGUCGUGUCUCCAAUGCCCCCUUGGUUUCGGCGGUCGAACCACGCAGACGAUCUUUCGUUCCUUAUGGGCGCGCAUCAUCCCACAAUGGUACCAAACGCCACUUUUACCGACGAGGAGAAAGAGUUUUCGAAGAAGAUGAUGACGUAUUGGGCAAACUUUGCGAAAACGGGGAACCCCAAUCAACCAGUUUCUCCUUCCACAACUUGGCCAGAAUACACAGCCUCUGGAAAGGAGUACAUUGAGUUGGGUGACGUCAUCAGUGCCAAGUCUGACGUCAUUCCAAAGAGAAUGGACCUGUGGACGAACACCAUCCCCAAAAUACGGGCUUCUGCCUUUUCUACUGCAGCUAGCGGAAAUUUUCCACACGUCUUUGGCAUUGCUUUUGCUGUUUUGGGUGCUCUUAUAAAAUAUUUGGCCUACAUGUAAUUAAAACAUAUGCAGUCUGGAUUUAAAGAUUAUGUCCAGUGUCUGCUCAGCAGAUAUGUAAACGGGAACAUUUGUAUGCUUAUUUGGAACUGACAUGGGGGUUUUGAUGUCUUUAAAAUCUUUACCAAAAUGUGAGAUUGUUAGAUAUUUAAAAAUGCUACGAUUGGAACUAAAAUUUUCAUUGCAAAAUAUUCUAUUUCGUAUAAUACUAUUAGAUUUACAGUGUAGAUUAAAAUUCAUUUGGAAGAAAAUAAAAUGGGGGACUAGGGAGAAAAGCUUGCCCAUAGGGAGACAAGGAUAUGUUGAGGUUCAAAGAACAUGCUUUAUGUCCCCAGUAGUACAAGGCGAGGGGCCAAAAUGGCGCCAUCAGUUAUAUCCGCAUUGCGUAAUAUCCAGUUUGCCAAACGGAAUGGUACCUGUAUGUCGACUCGAUAUUUUCCAAAGGCAAUUGAGAUCUUACUAUGGCGCGGGUGUCCGUUUCCGUUGACAUAUCUCUUUUAAUGCAUUUACUGUCUGUGUAUUUUUUGUUGCCUUGGCUGCCUAGUUUUAUAAGAUGAGGUCAUAUGUUGUUGCAUUCCAACCCUGACAGAUGCGCGAGAUUUUUAAACAAAGUAAGGUCAGAAGUAACAACAGACAUGGGUGUUUGUUUAAAGCAGCAGUGAUGGUAUCGGCAAAGGGGGGAUGUAGCCAAAUUAAGAAAAAUGAUUCACCCAGUUUUAAAAACAAGUACGCUCGUUUUU